AUUUAUAUACAUAUUUGUUUUUAAUUACUUGAAUGUAAAGUGAAUUAUUUGAUGUGUUUUAUUUUUUGUCUUUUACAAUGUUUAAAUUUGGCAAAACUCCGGGAGCAUUGCGGUUGGACAACAACUUCCAUCAAGCUAGCAACUUAGCUUUUUGUCAGUGCUCUAAUUAAGACUUUCGGUUAUCAAUAUUAUAACCGUGCUGGAAUUGUUAAAUGAAAUGGAUAUUUUACGAGAUGAUGGAGUACAUGAGCUCAAAUAUAAACCUGGGGGGCGUUUGGAUAUGAGCCACGGCUUCCUGCACCAUAUUCGAAGGAACCAGAUUGCUAGAGAUGAUUAUGAUAAAGAAGUAAAGCAAGCCAAAGAGCGUCAGCGACGGAGGCACACAACAACCCCUAGAAGACCCCGACGGCCUGACAUCCAAGUCUACCAUCCUCGACAAAGACACGGUUCAGAGCCAGGUGCUGGUGCUGAUGCAGAAGAGUCAAAUGAAAGUGGGUCAAGCACAGAGACUGAAAUCCAUGGCACUGAACUCUUCUGGCUUGACUAUCAGGCUGACUCUGGUGCCAUUACAUCUUUCCUUGUGCACAAGGAGGAUAAACCUAAGAAGGUGGUUGAGCGUGUGGCAGAAAAGAACAUCCUAGAUGCAGCUAUGAGGGUGGCACUUGAGGUACGAAUUCGAAAGGAAAUUGACAAAAGACGAGACAAGCGCUGAAGGAUUUUCUCAAGCAGCAAAUCACAGUAGAGGGGCUGCACACAAAGAAGGCCCAUACAGUGUUUGCAGGUCUGUGCUUCUCCGAAGCUUUAACAUGGUUGUGCAGUCAGGGCACAAAGAGAAGUGCUCUCUGGUAGUGUAACUGUUGGUAGAAAUGACCCACAACCAAGCCAUUAUUUGUUUUUUAGUGAGACAUGUUUAUUACAUUUUACCAACCCUGGACUGUUAUGCGAUCGUCGUGGUCACACCACUGAACAUGCAGUGUACACUUUCAAGUUGACUGGACCUUUUAAGUUCUGUUGUUGUGCUCGAUUCAGAUGGAUUUUUUGGACAAAGAGCCCAUGAAACAUUUUUCCCAGCUGAAUAUGUCCUAUGUUACCUGAGUUUACAAAGAUCUAGAUUUUAUACACAAAAUGUAAUCUUUUUUUAUUUAUUUUACUUUAUUUGUUUUUAUGUAAAAAAUGCUGUAAGUGGAGCAUGAGGCUAUCAGUGAUAUCAUCUUUAUAAAAAUGAGAAAUUUGUUUUGUUUAAUAGAUUGAGCCACAAUAAUGUGUCAAUAUUGUAAUAUUGUUUUGUAUUUUUCUGUUAUUUAUUUGAAGUUGAGAGACAUUUAUUUUUGAUAUUGUAAUAAUUUUUUUAGAACAAAUGUUUCUAUAUAAAAUGACACACACAUGAAAUACAUUUUUUGCUGUUUGUAUGUCUGGAAGUGGAUUUGGGAAUAUUUAUCUUGGGUUGAUGUCAUACACGUGUUUCACUGAAAUGCACGUGUAAAGAAAUAUAACAUUAAAAAUAAAAAUAAAAAAUUCUUCAUCAA